CAUCUGAGAGUCAUGUGGGUUUUGCACUUCCCGGGACCUGGGUCCAGCGAUACGUAGGGUCAGAGGCACUGAGGGAAUUGUAAACUUGUGAUCAUCGGUGUUGAGCCCUGGGUUUCCCCGUUGUCUAUUUGGUAGGCCUGCCCGUCCCUCAGGAUUACAACACAAAUCAGUAAAUGCUCAGAAACCUCAGCACUCUCUUCUUUCCCGACCCUCCAGCCAUGCCUCUGGGAACACCUGCACCUUUGAGCAAGAGGAAAAAGCCCUCCAAGAUCAUAACUGACCUGUCAAACAUCACUCAGGAUGAGUUUGAAACAGAGCCGGAAGCAUCAGAGUUUGAUCUGGGAAAAAAGAUCAGGACUCCCAGAGACAUCAUGCUGGAGGAGCUUUCUCUGCUCAAGAACCGCGGAUCAAAGAUGUUUAAGAUGAGGAAGCAGAGGGUGGAGAAGUUCAUCUAUGAGAACAACCCUGACAUCUUCAGCAGUGAGUCUAUGGACAACUUCCAGAAGUUUGUUCCCUCUCUGGGAGGUCAGGUGGGAAGUCAGGCAGUAACCGUUGGCGUGCAUCAUGUUAGCAAACAGGUUGGUCAGCUGAAUUACGCAGGGCUGCAGUUUGUUGGAGGGGCCCCUGUGCCCCUGCCAAAGCCUGGAAGCAAAGGGACAGGUGCAGCAGGAGCAGCAGGAAGUGCAGGGGGUGCAGGAGGCCAAGGUGGGAGUGACGCUGGAACAGAUGGAAAAGGCGAAGGAGGUGGUGAGUCGUCUGCGCUAAAAGGAGGUGGAAAAGGGGAUAAAUCUAAGAAGCAGAUUCACGUGAAGACAUACGUGUCCCCGUGGGAAAAGGCCAUGAAGGGGGAUGAAAAUCUGUUAUCCACUCUGAAAAGUAAAAUGCCUGGUCCCAUAAUGCACAGGGAUCUGCCUAAUUACAAAUGCUUCAACAGGACUGCCAUGCCCUACGGCGGCUUUGAGAAGGCCAGCCAGUUCAUGAAAUUCCAGCUGCCUGACACUGAAGCAACCAAACAAGAGACUGAGCCCACAGUGGUGUACCAACAUGACAUCGACUGCCGACCUUCUUUCAACCGCACCCCUAUUGGCUGGGUGGGCAGCAGCGAGCCCAGCAGCAUUCACAUGGAGUCAGACGCGGUGCCUUUCGAUGGAGAGACUGACGAGCUGUGAAAUACACUGUGAUUGAGCACACUGUACACACAGACAUGCACAGCUGCAUGCAUACAGUACAUACUAGCAUGCACAUGCACAAUGGAUGAGCUUACAUUUCUUUACUGGUCUCAUGAAGUUAAGUGUUCUAGUAUGGAUAACUGAUGGUAUACUGUCUUUGUAAGUCUGAGAAACAAGAUGUAGAUGUUAUAAGGGGAUGGAAA